GGAUUAUCUGAUUUUAUACAACGUUAAUUCUUUGUCCCACAAAAGAAAUUAUCUUUUUGUAUUAUUAUACACGCUGGUUUGCAAUUUUGCGUUUCACAUUUUCCGCCAUUAAAAUAUACAAGCUUUGGAGCUUCGACUUUCUCCAUAUCUCUUUCUCUUCCCAUUUCUCUUUUGCUUUUUGUAAAUUUCCCACGUAUCCGUUAUGCUUAUUCAUUGACUAUAUUCGACAAAAAACAAAUAAGAAACUGUGAAUAAAAAUCUUUAUCAAAAAUGGCAGUCUCGGCCUUCAAAUCCUCAUCCAGAAGAAGCAACAUCGCAUCGACUUCGUACACAACACCGUCUUCAAUACGAAACCCUACUGAGAAUUCACCCAAGAAAGCUCCGCUUCGAAGAUCCAGAAGUGUCAGCGCUUUUUCAAGGACCCAAUUGGAUGGUCCUUCUUCUUCUUCUUCCUCAUGCGCCGAUGAUUUCCUUAACAAGAGAGAUAAUCCUCUGUUUUGGACCACUGGGUCGCCGCCGGACCUCAAUUCCAUUGACCCACAAAAGCCCAAUACUUCCACUUCCACUGGGACGAAGAAUCUGAAAGCUCCAAGCUCAAGCGCUGGAGAUAUGAGAAGGGGGAGAUCGGUUGCUAGGAACGCCGAUGCUCAGGGCACCAGGAAGGAAGUUGUGGCUCGGAGUUUGUCGAGGGUGGAUACGGGUCGCCGGAAUCGAUCCCUUUCUCGGAAUCCGAUUUCCCGGCGGCAAGAUGUGAAUUCUGAGAGUGAAGCUGAACAAGAAUGUAGUUCAUUGACGAGUUUUAAGAAUACAGGGAAUUCGGAUUUGGAAGUGAGCAACGGUGGGAAAACGGGUGGUUUUGUUACAAGUAGGAGUAGUAGUUCAGAUAUGGACGAUCAAUUAAAAGGUCUAAGGACAUGGUCCAGUCAGCAUUCCACCUUGGAGCCUUCACAUGAUUCUGGUUCACUUUUGUCUCUUUCACAUCCCACAGCUUGGGAAGAUGGAAUUUCCACCACGAGUUCUUUAUCGGGAGCUGAAGAGAGCACCAUUAAAGCAGUUUGUGAACAGAUGAAGGUGGGGGAUGUGAAAAUAAUUUGUAGCCUUGAUUUUGUUGCUAGUUGGUCAGUCCGAGGGGAUAGUUUGGAAAAUGAUGCUGCUGCCAAUGGUAUAUAUGAAACUGUUCGAUCUGAAGUUAGACGUGCUAUCUCUGAAAUACAAAAUGACCUUGAAAGUGCAAUGCGAAGGAGUAAUACCACUGCGCUUGCUACUACCAAUAUUGCAGACAUCCCUCCUGAUCUGGUAAACCCAAGUGCUGUUGAAUUAGUUUUGGACAUCAGAAGGGAAUAUAGCAAAAAGCUUGAGCAGUCCCAUGAACGGGCAAGAAAACUUCGAGCAGAUUUGGCUGUUGAGGAGCAAAGGGGAAAGGAGCUUAGCAGAAUCCUGAAGGAAGUUCUUCCAGAUCCCAAGACCUCCAACAUACAAAAGUCUAGGCCAAGUCGAAAAGCUAGCAUUGAAAGAAGAAAGAUGUCAAAACGUCUGACAGAAGAAGCCAUGGCUUAUUUUGAUGAGUGUGUAUCUCUAUCAACAUUUGAUAGUUCUGACUUCUCAUCGCAAGAGGACCCCCCACUCACCUUAGUUGGAGUUACUACCCCUGUUGUGAACAGAUCUCUACUCCAAGCAAGUUCAAGUGCUUCAGCCAUUAAUGGCUUUAACAGUCACUACAAGGAGAAACAGGAAUCAGGCAUUGAAAAUCAGUUUAAAAAUGGCCAUGAAGUUUCUGUACUAAUGGCCAACACCCUAGAUCACUCUAGUCCUACCAGUGUCAACACAACACGAGAGUGGAAAUCUCAAUUCUCAUUUGGUCGGAAGCCAACGGAAACCAUUAAUCUUCAACAGGAUAUUCAGAAGUACAUCAAAAGUCCUGAUAGAGGGAUUGAGAAAGGUGAAAUCAACUUGCAGACUAAAAAAUCAAACAAUUACGACUUAGACGAGUAUAAGUUACAGGCUGCAGCACAAAGCUUGGUAUUUGAAAGGGUAUUCAUGAGAAACAGAAUAGAGUCUGGUAAUUUGCUGCUCUGCACCAGUGCUUUCUCAAAUUCACUCUCUCCUUUUGCUUCUUUCAUUUAAAAUAUCAGAAAUUUGUAUUUAUGGCUAUGGGGAAAAACAUCAUGAAGAAGAUGUACAUAGUUUAAGAGUUAAAACAACGUUGUUUUUGCCAAUAUAAGUUUGACUACUGUUUGCAUCA